GACCUAUAAUGAUAUUAUUACAGGUUUGUUGAUGGUGGUAUGACGAGUACUGCCAGAUCACAUUUUGGACCAAUUGUUUACGAUAGUUCAAAACUAACAGAGAUUUCAUUCUACCUUGCAUCAAACUUCAUUUUUGGAAAAGAAUUUCCAGACUUCAUGUUUAAUGGAACAGAGGUAAUUUCCUACUUUAAUCUUGGAAAAGAAUCACAAGUUCAUCUUCCAAUUAUACUGGGAAGAUUAGAUAAUGGCGAGCAAUGGUUCCUGGUGUACCUAGAGACAGAUCAACCAGGUUCUCAGGAGAUCAAACUUGGAUCCGGAUCCCAACCCAUUCUUACGUGGAGAUUUAUGGGAGGAAACAUAAAGGUUCAUUUUAUGGUUGCUAACCAUCCUGCUGAUUUAUCAAAGAAGUUUAAUUCUUACAUCUAUGGCCCUACAUCAAAUACACCUGCAUUUAAUGUUUUGAAGUAUGGAUACCAUAUGUGCAGAAAGGUUGGUGAUGUAAAAGCCUUCCAUAACGAUAUUGACGAAAUGAAAGAUAGCAACAUGCCCUAUGAUUCUGACUGCAUAGAUGAACUGCUUAUGCCAACAGCAUUUAAUAACGACACUGCGUAUGACAUUUCCAACGUUACUGCGAAGAUUGUUCUACCUAUUCCAGUUCAGAUUGAUGAAGAAGAAGAAUCCAGUCCUGAAUGUUUACGGAAGGACAGUAAUGUAACCGCUCCCUGUUACAGAGGAGAUUUUAAUGCCUUUAAUGUUACAUAUCCAGAUGUGUUCCACACAGAUUAUGAAAUUUGGUUGAGAGAUAAAUUCGAUAAGUCUGGAAUUGACAAAUCUGCAAUAUAUUUCCAUGAUUUAGCUCCAACGGAUGAAUCUGAAAACAACUGCAACAAUGAUCUGUAUAUUCCCAAAGGCCUGAACACCAAGGAUGUUCCCUGUUUAAACUCCUGGAUACCCUCUGAAAACACUACACUGUUGAAUGUAAGCUAUGCGAAGCAGUUUCUGAAAGUUUCCAAUAGAAUACUUGGAAAUGAAAGUUAUAUUCGAAGUGAUGUUGCUACAGUAGGGAUGCCGAAUAGUAUCACAUUUACCGGAAGUAAAGUUCCGGCAUCCUGGCAAGGCAUGAAGAGUUCUCUUCGGGAAGUUCUGCUAUUGAGUAGUAUUGGUUUACCCUUUGUAUCAAUGCCAGCUUGUGGAACAUACAGUGAAUCUAACACACUAAACAGAGAUUUGAUGUGUUUGCGUUGGUUCCAGCUGGCUUGCUUCAUGCCGAGUAUUCACUCCUGGUACUCUGGAGACCAGAAUAAGCGUCUUCCUUAUAAUCUUCCAAAAACCUAUCAAAGAUAUGUUCGAUGGGCCUUGGAGCAGAGAUACAAACUUCUACCUUAUUUGAAAACAUUGGAUAGAGGAUGGUACAAUAAUUCUUUACCAAUUGUUCGCCCCGUGUUCCUCGAGCACCCAGAUAGAGAUUAUCUUCAUCAUUGGACUCAAUUCUUCCUUGGAGAAGAUAUCCUGGUUGCUCCUGUACUUGAUGAUAACACAGAGCUGGUCAAUAUUCACUUCCCAAUGGGGUCUUGGUAUAAUCUUGGAUCUGGGAACAUGGUUAGUUUACCUAGACCUGGAGCAGAGAUAACAGUCCGAACAACUCUUUAUGAAAUACCAACUUUCAUCAGGGGUGGCGCAGUCAUAGUAAUGUACGAAUCUGCUGGAAGUGGGACGCUAAUAGAAGCAGAUCAAGUAUCCAAUUUCACUGUUUACAUUGGACUGGAAUGUACUGCAGAUCCUAGGAGUCAAAUUCAAGAAAUCAACAACAAGAUGUCCAGAUGUUAUGCCUCUGGGGAAUCCUAUUUAAACACAGAAACCAAUAUUCUAAAAACAGCAGUGACAACCUCCCAAUCCAAAGGAACUAUCACAUUUAAGAUGGACAUGAAUCCAGAUGAUAAACUUCGGAAUAUUAACUCUAUGCGAAUGUCUGGACUUCAAAAUAAUGGGGAUAUUCUGACAAUCAGCUUGCCAGGAGGGGUUAAUAUAACCGCAACAGAUAGUAUUGAUACAUCUGUGGGGGAUGGACCGUCAGCCGUUUACAGCAAGGAUAAACAGCACCUUCUCCUUAGGAAUCUGGAGAUGGAGUCCAGCACCUACCAGAAUACCACUCUUAGUUGGGAGUUCUCUGCUGAAAACACUACCUAGAGAACGUGAUGAAGAAGUCUGUCUGGAACCUCAUUACGAGUGAUAUGUUUACAAACAAACCAGUGCUUUUUUGUCAAUAAAAAUUGCAAUAAUAAUGUUCUUUAAAAAACA